GUUGAGUGCAGGAUGUUUAGUCACUCUUCCUCCGUCAUUAGUAUUAGCUUUAUUUGUGAUAAAUGCAUGUUAGUUAGCUCUCUGACGGAGAAGAUUGCAGCAUUAGAGGUGCACAUCCAGACUCUAGAGAGGGUUAAUGAGAGUGAGAGCAGCGUAGUUUCUGUAGGGGAAAGUCUGGAUGCCUUAGGUGGAGUUAGUAAUCCCCCAACUCCGGCAUUAGAGCCCUCACAGCGGGGCGAAUGGGUGACGACUCGGCGGCAUAAUCGCAAAGCCAAAGCUAACGCUAAGGCUCGCCCGCGGGAGCACCACUCCUCUCCGCUUCACGUGUCCAACAGGUUUGCUCUCCUCAGUGACGCACCCGCUGAGAAACCUGAAAGAGCUCUGGUUAUAGGUGACUCUAUCUUGCGGCACGUGAAAUUAGCUAGGCCUUUAGGGGCACCAGCAGCUUUAGUUAGGUGUAUACCGGGAGCCAGGGCGCCGGACAUAGCAGGUAAUCUUAGGGACUUAGGCAAGCACAGGUUCUCAAAGAUAGUUAUUCAUGUAGGAGCUAAUGAUAUACGCCUUCGUCAGUCUGAGGUUACUAAGAGUAACUUGGUAGAGGUGUGUAAAUUAGCGAAGGCGAUGUCCGAUGCUGUAGUAUGCUCUGGCCCCAUCCCAAUGCGGUGUGGCAAUGUAGCUUACAGCAGGUUAUGGUCGCUGAACUGCUGGAUGUCCAGGUGGUGCCCCGAAAACAAUGUGGGCUUUAUAGAUAAUUGGACAAUCUUUGAGGGCAAGGCUGGACUUUAG